CAUGUAGUGCUUAUAAUAUUAGUAUAAGCAUGUAGUGAAUGAGAUGAGUGGCGGGGAGCGCAGGAGAGCGGGCAGCUGGGUGGCCGUCAUUGUUUACAAGUGGCGCCAGGAGGAGGCUGCGUGCACCCACCUGCAAGAUUUCCAAAUUAUAGUCGACUAGCAGACAUGGGUCGUCGCAAGUCGAAGAGAAAGCCACCUCCAAAGAGGAAGAAUAUUGAACCACUUGAUACGCAAUUUAAUUGUCCAUUCUGUAAUCACGAAAAGUCAUGUGAAGUUAAAAUGGAUAAACCAAGGAAUGCUGGAAGAGUUUCAUGCCGUGUGUGUCUGGAAGACUUCCAGUGUACUAUUAACUACCUCUCGGAACCUGUUGAUGUUUACAAUGAAUGGAUUGAUGCUUGUGAAACUGCAAACUGAUCGAUUCAGUUUGUGCAAUUUUUUUUAUGUUCAUCUUAAUUAUGAAAUACUGUAGUUGAGUUAUACAAUAGACUUGUUAUAGAAAUAAAGGAAUUACUUGUCAGAUUUUUCGAAUUUCAUGUGUAUUGAGAAUUUAGCCUCAUGUUUAGUAUUGUCUAAUUACAAUAUUUUAUGAAUGAGUGGAAUAGAUAUUUCUAUGAAAACUGUAAGUUUCAAAACUGGAGGGUACUGUAGUUACAUACAGUCUCACUGGCUGAUGCUGUAUAAGAUACACGAUUUUAGUAAUGUCAAAAUACAAACUGUACAUAGACAUAUCUUUACAUUAUAAUGAUUAAAUGUACAGUAUUUUUUUUCAUGCAUACUGUAAUGUAAUACAGUAGUUUGUAAAUUUGGCCAUUACAUUCAUGUUUUCUUAACCCAUUUAACCACAAAUAUUUGGUGGUUCUCACUUAGUCACAUUAUUCAAUAUGAAUAUACAUUUCCAUGCAUUGAACAUUUAAACAGUUUAUAUUAUCUAAACAUUCCACCAAUGUGUCAUACUGACAUAAAUCAAGAUGUUAAUAAUAAUGUUGCAACAGCUGACAAGCAUUUAGAUUAACUAUCUUGUUUAUAAGCUCAUUUGCUCUUCACAUGCACCCUUUCCCCACACUGUUUAUGAUUUAUGAAAAGUUGUUUUGAGUUCAUGUCCUAGUUUAUGGUGUUUAUUUUCAGUUGUCUGCUGAUCUUUCUCUCUUAAUUUAUCUGUCCUCUCUACUAUAAUUUAAUAUAUAUAUUUUUUCCCUCCACCUCACCUUAGUUCUGGAUUGUAUUCCUUGUAAAAAAAUAAUUUACAAAUUCCACAAGGUCCGUGACGAGGAUUCGAACCUAUGUUUGAGAUCAUCCCAGACGUGCUUUUACCAACUGAGCUAUGACCCAGUUGAAUCUCGGAUGUAGGUUCCCUUGUGGAUUUGUUCAUUUGAUGCAUCACAUUAUUGUGAUUUGUUUGUAAUAAUAUAAAUAAUUUUUUUAGAAUAAUCCCUUCACUCAUGUUAUGCUAAUGUUAUGGUUAUCCCUUCACUCAUGCUAAUGUUAUGCAUGUUAUCUCCAUUUCUUGAUCAUCUCAGUUGUAUAGAAUUCAAGCAGCUUAAUACAUUACAGUAUUAUCUUUCAACAACAAUUAAAUGUCUUUCUAAAUUCAUUUUGCACCCCAGUCAAGCAAAAAAAAAAAAAUUUAGGUCAGAUCUCAAUCAGUCAUCUUAAAUCUUACGCCCUUUAAGAUUUUUACAACUUUAUCAUAGAUUAUCUUUAUCAAGAUAUUCUCACUGUUUUCUGAUCAGUUCUAUUGUCACUACCAGUGAACAGAUACUGUACUUGGUAUUGCCAUGUUUGAGGUACAGUAAUGGCUUUCAGAAAGUAACAUAAUCAUAUCGUAAUGGCCAACAAUGCUGAUUUUAAUUACAUUAUUGGCUAAAAUUAGAUUGAAUGACCAUAAAGUGUAGGUCUCAUGGUAAGAAUUCUAUUAUCUAGAGGAAAGUCAUGCUUAUUAGGUUAGUAAUCUUGUUUUUGUUUGUUCUCGGGCUAUUAUUUUUUUUUAAAUUUGGUUUAGCAAUAAUGGCUAAUCCUCCUCAUUUUAAAUGUCUCAUUUUGUUGUAUAGCUUUUGCAUUUGGUUUAGCACGUGUUAAACACGUGUACAAUUUUAUUUAAUGUGACAGCUUUUACUUGUCUUACUUAAUUAAUCUCCAGUUGUCGCAUAACCCUUAACCAUUGUAUACAUCUUAAUUAGGUUCCAUAAAUUAGGAUUAAUUAGGUCUUAAAGAAUCUGAGUUGGAUGAUUUGUGAAAAUCUGGUUUGGCAAUAUUUAACAAAAGUAAAUGUGCAUUUUGUAUAAAUGGCUGUAAUGCUUAUAUGUGUAUUGUAAUGAUCUAGUUCUGUCAAUAGUAGAUCAAACCAAAGCAUUUUGAUUCAGGUUGCCAAAGGGAAAAUACAUUUUAUUUUAUCAAAUUUAAAUAUUGUCGCAUUGGUGGCAAAUAAAGUACACUGUACCUGUAUGGUAUACAGGAAUUAUAUGAUUUACAUUCUUGCAAGGAGUAAAAUUAAAUGUACCUUGAGAAUAUGGGCAUUAUCUUUACAUGCAAGUGAGUUUUCAAAUACAAAAUUAUUAUUUAUAAAUA